AUGGCUUCAGCUUGGUCGUUAAGCACGGAUUUUUCUAUUAUAAACUCUUAUUCUGUAUGGUCUUAUGGUUAUAAGCCACCUGGCUAUCAAGUUACCGGGUCGUUUGUUUUAUUUACGUAUUUAUCACUAGACCCAAAAGGCAGUGGAAUAAUCAUUUGGUCCCCUAAUGAAUACGAACAUCCAAUUUUAUCUUUCAACCCAAAUCCAACAACUACCAUUUUAGACGCUGGUAGUAGUAAGAUAAUAUAUCCAGGGCAUGGUAUAAACAUGCAUCCUUCUUGUGACGGUAAAUUUUCUGUAGCGAGGUUUACUGCACCGACAGAUGGGAAUUAUAAUCUAAGCGUGAUGUUAAUACAUAUUGAUGAUCAUGCGAAUUUUACACAUACGGGAGGUUAUAUAGUAUAUAACAAUUCCUUAACACUUUGGGAAGCUGACCUCUUUGGUAUCGGAGAUUUCAAAUCAUACAAGUCAACUAAAAGUGGUAUCACCGUUAGAACAAAUGAAACUAUUGAUUUCAUUGUAGGAAAUGGUCUAGAUAAUGUUUGUUAUUGUGAUUCGGUCCUUGUCGAUGUUGAAAUUCAUUUAUUGCCGAAUAAUCCAACUAAUGAACAAAUUCCUAUGACUGCCAUUUUAUUGGGAUUUAUAUUUGGCUUAAUUUGCUAUUUUAUUAUACACUUUGCUUAUUCAAGUUGCAGAUAUUGGAGAAAUACUCCC